AUGGAGAUUACUAGGCCAUUGACUGAAGCACUUCAACAAAUUCUUGACUAUGCUAGACAUAUGAGGCAAUAUAUUGGAGAAAGGAUAGAUCUUGAAAAGAAAGCUAUUGAGGAACAAGAAGGUUGGAAUGGCUCUUUAAAAAGGAGACACCCUCCAAAAAUGAAGGAUCUAGAAGGCCUUAAAAUUCCUUGCGCCAUUGGGAGUGUGAAGAUAGGGAGAGAUUUACUUGAUUCAGGGUCAAGUAUUAAAUUGAUGCCCCUAUCUUUGUUGAAGAAGAUUGGUGGUCUGACAUUGAAGCCAACAAAUAUAUCCUUGGUUGUGGCGGAUGGAUCAUCGAAGAAACCCUAUGGUGUGGUGGAGGACGUGUUGAUUCACAUUGAAAGCCUUGAAUUCCUAGUUGAUUUUGUGGUGAUAGAGAUGAAGGAGGAUGACAGGAUCCCGGUGAUUCUUGGAAGGCAAUUCAUGAAGACGGCCAAAGUGAUUAUAAGUGUUUAUGAUGGGGUGAUUAUGCUUAAAGACAAAGAAGAAAAGGUGGUCUAUAAUGCCUUAAAAGAGAAGCUGAUGCGAAAAAGAAGAGGGCUAAGUAUAAAGCUUGAAAGAAGGAUGCAGCGGUUGUUUGGCCUAAAUCUGCUAAAGUGGUCAACAAAGCUUCAGUAUCUUGCUGAAGAGCACUCCAUAGGGUAG